AUGUCUGUAACGGGUUAUUCAGUAAGAGUACUGUAUUCUGGUAAUAGAUAUGGUUCUAAUAAUAAUGGAGAUAAAAAUUGGAUAACAACAAGGCAGAAUGCUCCAAUACAGAUGUGGGAUGCUUUUGAUGGAUCUUUGCGUUGUUCAUAUAGAGGAUUCAAUUCAGUAGAUGAGAUGGAACCUGCUCUCUCUGUUACUUUCAGUGUAGAGGGAGCCAGAAUUAUUGCUGGAUAUAAGAAAGUUAUUAGAACAUUUGAUGUGGAGAGGCCAGGCAGAGAUUUCUCUGAACAUAAAAUCGCUAGUGCUGCAUCAUGCUUUGCUACCAAUAGCAAUUUAUUGGCUGUAGGUUCUUGGAACACCACUAUUAGUUUGUACAACAUUAAUGAAAUGGGAAACUACAAAAGUAUAGGAAAAAUGCAUGGACAUUCAGGUGGCGUAACACAUGCAAAGUUCACAUCUGAUGGCCUUAGACUUGUAUCAGGUGCACGUAAAGAUCAUCGUCUUCUCGUGUGGGAUAUCAGAUACUACAGGCGGCCACUGAAUAUCUUAAGUAGAGUUGUCAACACCAAUCAAAGGGUAUAUUUCGAUAUAUCACCGUGUGGUAGAUAUCUGGUGUCUGGUGGAACAGAUGGGAUACUUAAAGUAUGGGAUCUCGAACAAGUGGAUUGGAAAUCAAGUUUGGACACCACUGAUGUUGAGUCUGAUACAGUUACAUUUAAGUUUCCUGUACAUAAAGAUUGUUGCAACAGUGUCUCAAUACAUCCAUAUAGACCCAUAAUGGCAACAGGUUCUGGGCAGUAUCAUUUCUCUGAUCCUGAAAAAUUGCUGGACGAAAAUGAACCCAAUAUAUUACACAGUCAAAGAGAAGCAGAGCAAUUAGCUAAUAGCGAGUGCAAGAAAGAAAUUUUAGGAGAGAUUGAUUUACGUUAUUCACAAAAUGCUGAAAAUAGUUUGAUGUUUUGGUGGACUGGAAGUAUGACUGAUUUAGCAUAAGGAAUGUGAUAUACUAGAUGCCUAAAAUAAAUAUUAUUAUUAGAACAUCAUAUGUAAACGUUGAUAAUAACAUUCAAUUUUUCAUUAAAUUGCAUAUUUUGUAAAGAGUCAUACGUACAUUAUUUGAUUGUGUAUCUUGUUUAUAACUAACCAAUAAAAAAAAGUGCUGAGAUGUUUUAUAAAAUGCUGUGGAUUGGCUGUGGUGAUAAUCAAAUUACAAGAAUAAAUAUGUGGUUGAUAUGGGUGUAAUAAUGCAAGUCUAUUAUUCAUUUGUAUUAUAUGUAUGUAAAUAAAA